AUGUCGUUUUUUGGCAAGAAACAAUCGGCGAAUGCUGCCCCGGAGGUGCAAAACUUCCACCCUGUCACGUCCUCGUUGCAGGGCUACGGCGAGCUCAGCCCGGAGGACACCAAGUGGCACUGCAGCACGAAAGGUUUCGGGAGUGAGACGCAUACGUGGUAUACGAUCCUUGAGGAUGGAUGCUGGAUCAUGGUUCAGAUCAUCUGGUCCUACACUGGUAUCUUCAUGAUCCCCGCUACCACACAGAUGACGUUCAAGCACUACAACCCUGUUACCCGGGUAUCGAGCUGGAAGUCCGUCAGCGUGAACGGGUUCAAGCAUGACUCGCACAGCUGCAAGUCCGAUACAUUCGAAAUCAAGCACACUGGCUCACCAACGACUGAAGAGUCCUACCGCAUCACCGCCAAUCUCGAUAAGACGGUCCAGAUCGAUAUCAUGUUCACUCGACCUGCCGAUUCACCAGGGUUCAAAUUGGGCAAGGGUCCCGGAGGCGGUGUGAGCGUGUUUGGGAAGGAUGCAAGCGAGAGCAAGAGGGAUGGGAUCAUUUCGCACCGAUUCUUGCCGGUCAUGCAAUCGUCGGGACACGUCGUCAUCAACGGUCAGAUGGUGGAUGCAAAGGGAGAUGGGAUGUUUGUCCAUGCUAUCCAAGGUCUGCGACCUGAUUCAGCUGCGUCUCGAUGGAACUUUGGCUUCUUCACCACUGCGGGAGAUGUAGCAGACAGCAAGCUGGGCAGAGUAAGAGCCUUGCAGAUGGAGUUCGAGACCACCGACUACUACGGCCCCACCGGACCCAAGUCUGGCCGGACCAAGGUCAACAUGGGUGUCGUUACAUCCAGCAAGCUCUCUUCCCCGCUCAUCGUCGUCGGCCAAACAUCCUGCGCCGCCGUCCCCACCGCCUUCCCCGCGCUCAACGACGACGUCUCGGCAGUCACCCAGACCCCCGGAGCAAAGGACAAGGACACCGGCUACAACGCGCCCAGCGCUAUCGAGUUCAAGUGGGCCGGCAAUCGGGUGGGAGGGGAGAAGGGACGGGUGUCAGCCGCUGUCGCUGUGCCGCUCUUGGGCACGACAGUGGGUGAGGGAGGGUUGAUCGAGAAGGUGGAUGUCUUGGCGGAGAUCCCGUAUGUGUUGAGGAAGACGCUGGCUGCUGUCACCGGGACCAAGCCGUAUAUCUACCAGUACCUCAACUCGGCCUCACUUCACGUCGAGCUCGAUGGAGAGGCUGUUGAAGUACAGGGCUGGCUCUUCAACGAGGCUACCUUCGUUUCGGAGUAG